ACGUCGCCAGCGAGUGCUACGUUGUAUGUAUUGCCUAGUAUGGAGGUCUCUCGGAGCAAAGAAUGGUGCUAGGCACAGCCAGCCGCUGGUCAACGUCAUUCCUCAGGGCACAAGCCUGCCCGCGCCCCCGGAAUAGCACAAGGACGACGGCCGAACGGGUUGUGGGCAAGGGAAUGCCUGCCGUCUCGAGUUAUGCUAUUCCUAGCACAGCACCGUGAUCCGACACCAAAGGGAGUAGUAGACAGCCGCAAGGGACGGAUUUGGGACAAAGGGAACGACAAAGAGUCAACUGACUGAUGACUGGUGAUAGAUCACAGACCACUUCGAGGGAGAGAAGAGAUAUGGAAUCGCAGGGCGACCGAGUCCGAGUCAAGUCAGGGCAAGUAAAGUUAGUAAUCGCUGACCGACUCAUUUAUCUCAACCCACGGACUUGAUCCUUUAUGGCAGCCGGUCCAGGCGAAAACGAUUUCCCCAGCGGCGGCAAUCUUAAAAUCUGUACCCGACUGCGUCGCUGUCUCAACUGCAACGGAGGCAUGUUGCCAUUCUGGGGUCGCGGCUCCUGGACCCCGGCCGUUGUGCCUUACACAGUAUUUCAUAGCGCAUUCAUACCUAGACAAGGCUUCAUAGUGACAGAUCCGAGACUCUUUAUCCUUUAUCCGCACACAAACAUGGGGCUUGACUAAUAUGGGAGAGCGGCCUAGCAGCAAGCCGCCGAGUCGGAACCAAGAUUAUAGCAAUCAGAUACACGCAGGAAAUCGGCUUCGACAGCAAGGGUGGCGUGCGUUCGAUGAUUUCGAUGCGUCUUCUAGUCGUGCAGUUUAUCUUGUUACUGGGUCGACGCCUGGCCUACGCUGGAACGGGCUCAUCAUCACAACGGGACGGCAGGACGGCGGGACGCAUCUCAGGCCACGGCUCUUAUGUUGACGCCCUCACCGCUUCUUGGUUCCCCGGCCGCGAUGAUGUAACCCGGGAGCCGGUGCCUCGUGCGCGUGGGAGGGAGAGUGGGAGUGUGGCAGGUCGAGUGCGUGAAUGCCAGGGGGUGGAUCGUUAUGCGAACCCGAGGUUUUGUGCUUUGUGCAGCACACGCGCGCCAGACUACGUCCAUAGCAAGACUUCCACUUCCAGCGAGUGCCGGCCGUAACAAAGCAAGGCACAGCAAGGCACUUCCAGGGAAGGGCAGGUUGUUGGUGGGUAAGGUCUUGGGCUUGUGGGUGGAUAAUCCCAGCGAGGGC